AUGAGGGCAGUAGCAAAAAAUGAAUUUGAAAAAAACUUUUUCAAACUAAUGAAUAAUGCUGUAUUUGGCAAGACCAUGGAAAAUAUUAGAAAACGAGUUAAAGUCAAACUAAUGAGUAAAUACGAUGGGAGAUAUGGUGUCGAGGCUCAAAUUUCGAAGCUAAACUUUCUCAGUAGUUCCAUAUUUAAUGAGAAUCUAGUUGCAAUACAGUUAAAUAAGAGUGAUAUACUUAUGAAUAAGCCAAUCUAUGCUGGGCUUGUAGUUUUAGAUCUCUCCAAGACACUGAUGUAUGAUUUUUAUUAUAAUUAUAUACGGAAAAUGUACAAAGAUAAUUGUAAAUUAUUAUACACAGAUACUGAUAGUUUUAUAUAUGCUGUUAAAUGUGAUGAUUUUUAUGAAGAUAUGAAGAAGAAUAUUCAUAAAUUCGAUACAUCAGAUUAUCCGGCAGACAAUGUAUUUAAUAUGCCAUGUGUUAAUACAAAGGUCGUAGGACUUAUGAAAGAUGAAUGUAAUGGCCAGAUUCUUACAGAAUUUGUUGGAUUGAGAAGCAAAAUGUACAGUACACGUGUUAAUAAUCAAGAUAGUAUGAAAAAAAUCAAGGGUAUCAAUGCUUCAGUUGUAAAGAAAACCAUUGAAUUUAAUGACUAUUUGGAAUGUCUACGAAAUUCACGUAUUCAGAGUCGAGAGCAGUACGCUAUAAGAUCCAAACUUCACAAGGUGGAGACCAUUAGACAGAGGAAGAUUGCUCUCAGUCCUUACGAUGAUAAAAGAUUUCUUCAAGAUAAUACUACUGAUACGCUUGCCUGGGGGCACUAUAAAAUAUUACAAAAUGGGUAA